AUGUCAAAGAACGCAUCGAACGAAAUCACAGCGUUAUACCCGCCUCCUCCUCCGUACAUAGAGCAUUUUACAGCUGAAAACCUGCACAAACUUCAGGAGCUAGAAAAAGCUGGUCGCGGUGCCGAAUCGUUAGAUGAUGGUCUAAAAUACCUUGUCCCUCCUGAUGUACCUACUGAGGGUCACUACAGAGCUUUCGGCAGCGUAUGGCAGGUGAAAGACGAGCUGCCAGAUUUGAAGAGUAUGGGAAUGACACAGCUCUACCUGCCGAAGGCUGAUACAGACGGCAGUAAAUCCAGCUAUCAAGACAAAAUCCAAGAACUUCACAAGCUGCUGCAAUCACUACUGCUUAAUUUCCUAGAGCUGACAGGUAUUUUAAGUGUCAACCCAGAGCAGUUUCCCGCCAAAGUUGACCAUAUACAAACGAUUUUGGUGAACUUCCACCACCUGCUCAAUGAAUACCGCCCUCACCAGUCGCGUGAGUCGCUGAUCAUGCUAUUAGAAGAACAGCUUGAAUACAAGAGGAAAGAGAUUUCAAAAAUCGAACAAGUGUGCCAGGAGGUCAAAGAGAAGCUGGCCAAUUUGAUCGACGGAGGAGACAAAUACGAAGACUCCACACUGUCUCAGAGCAAACGGCCAGAUGCAGGAGACGUAGAGAUGGCAGAUGCAGUAGAUGUGACGGAGGAGCAUCCAACGGAUGGCGCACAAGAAGACGGCAACCACGCUUGA